AUGCAGAGUUAGGGUUUUAGUGAGACGGAGAGACAGAAAUAGCAGGCGGCGAUUAAAAAAUGAAGACCAUAUUGUCGUCGGAGACGAUGGAUAUUCCGGACGGCGUUAAGAUAAAGGUGAACGCCAAGGUGAUAGAGGUGGAGGGACCUCGAGGGAAGCUGAUCCGCAACUUCAAGCACCUGAACCUCGAUUUCCAGCUGAUCAAGGACGACUCCACCGGAAAACGCAAGCUGAAGAUCGAGGCUUGGUUCGGCACCCGGAAGACCAGCGCCGCCAUCAGAACCGCUCUCAGCCACGUCGAGAAUCUCAUCACCGGCGUCACCAAAGGGUACCGCUAUAAGAUGAGAUUCGUGUACGCUCACUUUCCCAUCAACGCCUCGAUUACGAACUCCAACACUGCUAUUGAGAUCCGUAACUUUCUUGGCGAGAAGAAGGUAAGGAAAGUUGAUCUGUUGGAAGGCGUAACCGUGCUCCGUUCCGAGAAGGUUAAGGACGAGCUUGUUUUGGAUGGAAAUGAUAUUGAACUCGUUUCUCGUUCGUGUGCGCUCAUUAACCAGAAAUGUCAUGUGAAGAAGAAAGAUAUCAGGAAAUUCCUCGACGGUAUAUAUGUCAGCGAGAAAGGCGCCAUUGUUGCGGAGGAAUGAGUUUCUUCUCUAUGCAUUUUUGGUUUAGGUUAUGCAACUUCAGACUUUGGUUUUCUGUCAGGUUUUGUUAAGCUGUUUGGUUUUUAUAAUUGGUAUGAAUCUUGGUUUUUAUAAUUGGUUGAGAAUGUUAGGAUUUUAUAA